CUUUCCUUGCAGCACGGGUCAGAUUAAAGAGUGUACUGUGGAACGGAGUCGUAUGUGAGAAACAGUAGGUGUAAAAGUCGAGUGGUUAAACGUUAAAGGGCGAGAUGAACACUCUGUUUCGGUCAACUCUUCAGUGUUUGCAGGCGGGCGCCGUGGUCUGUCGACCGAAGGUAAUAGGCGGAUAUGUGCCGUUCGCGGCUUCGGCCCGAGUCCGACAGCUGUGCGCCGUGUCUGGCGAGAAGAACCUCGCCGAAAUAGUGAAAAAGAACAAAGUGGUCGUGUUCAUGAAGGGGACGCCGGCGCAGCCUAUGUGCGGUUUCAGCAACGCCGUGGUUCAGAUCCUUCGAAUGCACGGCGUCGACAACUACGCUUCAUAUAACGUGUUGGAGGACCAGGAGCUGAGGCAAGGGGUGAAGGCUUUCUCAAACUGGCCAACAAUCCCUCAGGUGUUCUUCAACGGCGAGUUUGUUGGCGGCUGCGAUAUCCUCCUUCAGAUGCACCAGAAUGGAGACCUGGUGGAAGAGCUUCAGAAACUAGGAAUCCGUUCCGCUCUUUUAGAUGCAGAGAUGGAUGAGAAGUCCAAGUAGAUGGGGAGUGAUAGGGCAGUUUUGACUGACAGGCUGUAGCUGUGUCCUGCUUUUAUUGAUUCCAAAAACAAGUUUGUGUCCAUAACAGCCCUGCGUGGCAAAACCUGCAGACCUUCGAACUACAGAUACUACUACAGGGAAAGGUGUAACCCUUUCUCCCACCCUGCUUUAGGUUUGGUCAUAAAUGCUGGGUUUAGUCCUUUGUGUAUAGAAAAUAUUCUACUGUCAAAGUAUGUGAUCAAAUGUAUUUCAAAAGCAUAUUCAGUCUUUAUAUAAAUAAAAUUUCGAUACACAAAUGCACAUUUUGAUAUAUUUAAGUUUUGUGGUAUAAUAGAAAAUAAGAUUUUAUAAAAUGAAAGUGACAGUAAAAUGUGUCCAAGAUGA